AUGGAUAAGCAAGUGUGUAAAAAUUUCUAUGCUAUGAAUAGCUCGUUUUCCAAAACGCUUGACGAAAAAGGAGAGUAUCAAAUUAUUAUUAAUAAAUCAAUUUUAGAUAAUUAUUGUACUAGUAGCGGAUGUACUGAUGAUCUCGCAAAAAUUAAUGCUGGAUGUUUAUAUUUGUUUGAUGCAUUCUUUAAGAAUUCUUCUGUGUUUAAGUCUGAUGCAAAAAGUAACAUCAACAUUGUUGAAUACAUUAUCAUAUGGUUAAGUUAUAUGUUAAGCCUAAAGAAACAAGUAGGGGAUAAGACCAAUUUACAAUAUUUUUAUGAAAUAUAUAUAAAUGGUGGUAAUAUGUAUAAAAAGCCUAUAACUGGUGUUAAAGAGUAUAAUAGUUAUAAGGAUCUUAUAGAUCAAAAACAAAAUUUGAUAACUAUGGAUAUGAGUAUUAUAUCUAAAUUGUAUGAUGUAUUUAUUAAAUUAUGCACGAUGCAUAUUGAAUUUGAUGAAACCAAUCCCCAAUGCGGGAAAUAUUUGAACGAUGCUAAAGAAUUUGUUAAAAAAUAUGAUGAACUUAAAAAAGAUCCUAAGAUUACUGAAGGUAAUCCAUAUUAUAAAUUAUUGUCUACACUAUCAAAGGAUUAUGAUAAUUUUAAAAAGAAAUGUAGUGAUGUUAGUUGUAAGGAUAUUCCACCCCUUCAAUCAAUUGAAAAAACAAGAAAUGCUGUAGAUUUUUCUGAACUUUCUAAACAAACUUCUGAAGUUGCAUCAUCAAGUUCGUCGAUAACAAACAAUUUAUUUAUAGUUUUAUCAAUAUUUGGUGCAAUAGCAUUUUUUUUUGGAAUUUCUUAUAAGUAUUCAUUAUUUGGAUUUCGAAAACGAUUUCAAAAACAAAAAUUAAGAGAAAAAAUAAAAAAUAUAAAGAAGAAAAUGAAUCAUUAA